GACUGAAAAGGAGAGAGACGAGUUGAGAACGGUUAUAGAAGAACUGCGACGCGAACGAGGUACCAUUGAAGGAGCCGUCGUUCAAUUGGAGAGCUAUUACGAGCCGCCCUCACAGGCACUGCUUCUGUGCUCUCCCGCCAGAGCGCGCAAACUGGACUUGGAGACUGCUGUGCUUAUGCAGGAGGUGAUGUCAAUGAGAGAGGAGAAGGCAGACUUGAAUGCGAGCGUCUAUCAGCUGGAGAAGGAGAAGGAGGCGCUUGAGCAGAGACUGGCGGCCAUUUUGGAAAGUCAACAGCAGGGUCAGUCUGGUCAGGCCACUGUGCAACAUCUGCGCACGCUCAAGGAAGCUGGUGCUUAUGAGAAGAAAUUUGCAGACAGGGACAGCAGACCGCACAUGAGAAGCCGUUCCAAGCAUUCUGGCGAAAGGUCCGCGGAUCGAGGACUCCCUCACCAAAAUCUAGAUCUUCGACAAAGAUCCGAUCCACAAUCAUCCAACAGCAACAGUAUGCAUAAUCAGGAACGAAGCAGGCCCAAACCUGAGCCGAAACCGCAGAGAUUGGAAGCUCAUGUUCUGGAUAGGGUGGGGCGACAUUCACAGGUACAUGCCUUCAGACAAAGGCUAGCGCAGAUGUUGGAUACAAGCCGUCACUCGUCUAGUCAUGGUUCCAGCUAGUCUCAUUUAUAAUAUAAUGAUGGAAAGAAUUGGCUUAUACAAGUACGGGAUAGGAAAUUCACGAAUGA